UGAAGAUAGGGGCAGGGCCCUGGGCAGGGCCAGUCACUGAAGCGAGGCCAAGGCCUGGAGGGAAAGAGCCAGUUCCUGGUGGCUGUUGGGCGGCUCACACAGCUCCCUGCUACAUCAGCCAUGGUCCUCCCUCUGCCCUGGCUCUCAUGUUGCUGCCGUCGCCUCCUCCUGCCUUCCUGGCCCCUGGGGCCCCAGGGUUCCUGGAGGUGCUGCUCCCAGAGCCCUAAGGCAAGCACAAAAGAGCAGACCAGCUCCACAUGCAGUGAGAAGAUGAGGUCACCGCCAAGGGGUCCCCGGCCGAGCCCCACAGCUGAGCUGGCCCAAGCUGAAGAGUUGCUGGAGCAGCAGCUGGAGCUGUACCAGGCCCUUCUGGAAGGCCAAGAAGGGGCUUGGGAAGCACAGGCCCUGGUGCUCAAGAUCCAGAAGCUGAAGGAACAGAUGAGGAGACAUCGAGAGAGCCUAGGAGACGCCUAAGCUUUCCACCAGUUCCCACUUUACCUUCCAACACUGGAAACACUACACAGCACCCACACUGGGCCUUCGGAUCAGAAACAUCCCAGUCCCUCCCAGGCCACUAAGAAAAAUGGAAAACACCUCCAAAAAGGGCAGAAAUUGGAAAGCAGCAGGGAGCCAUGGCCUCUGCAGUCUUCUUAGUCACAUCCCCCUACCUUUGAUCCCUCCCCACUGACCUGGGCCCCACAGUAGGGCACACAGUCCUUAUAGGAAUAUACACUGAA